UCUAUUCCCUCCAGUAUGCUACGAUUCUUCUUUCUGCUUUGUCGUCGGCGACAACGAACGAAAAAGUUCGCGGUACGCGUUGAAAUAAUAACGGUCGGUGAUCGCGAAUAAAUUUUAUUUUAUAGAUUCUAUUUUUCUUUUUCAUUUUUUCUUCUUCAUUUUUAUUUCAAACGAGACAGAGACAAAGAGAGAAAAGGGAGAGAGAGAGAGGAAGAGAAAGAGAGAGAAGCAGAGAGAGAGAGGGAGAGAGAGAGAGAGAGAGAGAGAGAGAGAGAAAAGAAACCGGAAAGAAGUCGAAAUUUCGACGAAGGACCUUGCGAUAAAAUUAGGAUCCCAACGAAAAUCGAACAUGGCGAUCGUAGAGGAAAAAUUUCUUACUCUUUUAAUUUUGGUGAUGACGGUGAUUAGUUUAAUGGACCUAGGAGAGAUUCUGCGGUUAUUAUAAAUGUAUAUGGUGUGUGUAUUAUUAUUGAUUGAGACACGCCACUCCUUGGUUACACCCUUCAAAAGAAAAAUGUUGAAGGUGAAAGGAUCUUCAGAUAUACUUGAAAAGCUACCGAUGUUUGUAUUACGGUAGCUGAAAUUUUCUUUGGAUUAUCCUGAUCUAAUCUUCUGGGAAAGGAUCUGAGAAAACAGAAAAAUAAGAAAAAGAGUCUAAAAGGGUGUUGAAUGUGGAUGAUGGUGAUUAUCUCUUGGGAUACACAGAAAGUAUAAUAUCUCUUUUACGGGAAUAACAACUAUGACACGAUCGCUACGUGAUUUUUUUUGGUUUGAUGCUGGAAUAUAUAAUGGAAGUAUGACGACGAUGUCAACGUCAACGACAUCGACCAUAACACCGUUCGUUAGCACAACCAUGACGACGAAUUCUACAACUGCUACUUUUGUAUACGAUCAAAAUGCGAUUGUAGCCAAUAUGAUGUGGGAUCUAUAUGAUAGUUUCAAUCAUGUACAACCGGAUUAUUUGCUAAUUACUCUUUAUGUACCGGUCAUCGCAUUAGCUAUCACAGCCAACGCACUUGUCAUCGCUGUUGUCUUCAAGUAUCACUAUAUGAGAAGCGUUACAAAUUAUUUUGUGGUGAAUCUAUCCGUGGCUGAUCUAUUGGUGACUACGAUUUGUAUGCCAGUUGCGGCCAGUCAAGCUGUCUCACUUGUCUGGAUUUAUGGCGAAGUUAUGUGUAAAUUGUCCUCAUAUCUACAAGGUGUGGCCGUUGCUGCUUCGGUCUAUACAAUUACUGCGAUGAGUAUCGAUAGGUAUCUAGCAAUACGGAGUCCUAUAGCUUUUCGACGAGUAUUCAAUCGAAAGAGUACCGUGGUCGUUAUAGUUAUCUUAUGGCUAGUAGCUUUGAGUAUCUUCAUGCCUGUAUUACAAGGGAUGACUCUCCAAAGUCCUCAAACGGAUCUUGUUAAUAUUACUCUUCAUGGUCCUUGGACGCUACAAGAGAAUUUUUCACUCAACGAUACACGCGCUUCCCGAUUGCCGCCGGCUUUCUACAUCUGCUCGGAAGAUUUGAAUCCGCUUGGUAUAGGGCCUGAUUUAUUCGGUACCGCCUGCUUUAUUUUAGUUUACGCUAUUCCUGGUUUCGUCGUGAUAUUGGCCUACUCCAUGAUGGGUCGGACCCUUUGUGCUCGGAAACCACCGUUCGACUGCGACAGCGUCAAGGGUAGUGCUAGCUCGCAACAAAACUUCCGAUUGGUACGUGAGAGAAGACGAAUCGCUUGGAUAUUGCUGCUUCUUGCAGUGCUUUUUGCCCUUUGUUGGCUUCCUUACAACGUUCUUAGACUGCUCGUCGAUCUGAAAGUGGUCGACAAAGGAUAUUCUUCAGUGACCGACGCCCUGUCCUAUUGUCUCUUCCUAGGACAUGCGAAUAGUGCUCUCAAUCCCAUCGUCUAUUGCUUUAUGACACGUAACUUUCGAAGAAGCGUUGCAGAGAUUCUUCGACGUGGAUCACGUGGAUUAGUUCGUCGUAAGCCACGUCGUAAGGAUGUUCACCGAGACACGGAUGGUGCAUGUGGUGGAUGCAGUACGGUCGGUGAGGCCAGACGAGGCUUUUUGCGUCAAAGAAAGAUGUUGCCCGUUUGCUGUAUACCUAUGGGAGGCCACGAAACUGCAACGUCAAGCAGUGGUUAUAACAGUUUCUAUAGUAAGCAGAGCCCUCAUCGUCGUUGUUAUAUGUUGAGAAGCAUUCGAGGUACACCACAAAUGCAGAUAGAACCAAAACCAGUAGACGUUACUCGGGAUAGACAUCAGAGUUAUGACAAGAAUGAUCCAGAUGCGAGUCAACCACGGCAAUGUACCGUUGUUACUAUGGACGAUCGACGUUGUACUUAAUUCCCUGAACCCAACUCGAAAUUUAAACUUAAGAUCGGUCGAACAGAUUUAGAACUUAUGUACGUAUAGAACGUGUGCUUUCAUUGAUGUAUCAUAAUUCAUUCAUUCAUUCAAUCGUUCAUUACCUUUUCCCAUACAUACAGUUUUCGAAUGAAAUUGAUUUCCUACAGUAAACGUUUCAAACGUCGAUAAAUCUUCAGAUAACUCGUCAUUUCAUAAGAAUCUUUCGAUAGAUCCCCUAUUGCCGAUGUUUACCAAAAUUGAUCCUAUUGACGUGUUGUGGCUAAAUAUGAAUAUUAUAGAUCGCAUGUGAGAACCUCUUGCAAAAUAUCGGAUAGAAGCGGAGAAAAUAAAGAUGAUUAGCCUUCUGAUAGGGUAGACUGGAAUCAUUCUUUCUUCCUAUCUUGAAGUUUUACGAUAUAACGUAACGUGUAAAGUUACAGACCAUGGGUAGAGAAAAGAAAUUAACGCGAGAAUGAUCGGGAGUUUUAUGGGUUGUUCUUACGAAAAAGAAAACGACUCCCUUGUCGUAUCUUCUUCUUAUGUCCUAGCGUACUCCCUUUAUUACCGUCGUAAUUGUACACAGAAUUAAACAAGAAAUUAUUCGGAACGAGCGGAAAAUCGAUCGAGUGUCGGUAAGCUUUUAAAAUAUUUUCAAAUUGUUAAAAUUGAAAAAUGUGGAAAAUAAUUAAUGUCGUUUUCGUCGACAAAGACGAGAAGUGCUGCUAAUUAAAUUCCCCUCGACGUAUAUUUAUGCAUGACCAUACCCAGAAACAGGCACUAUACACACACGCAUACACGCACAAAGGAACACACGUACGCAAAGGAACACGCACAGUGGAAACUUUUCUCUCUGAUAGGACAGUAUCGAUAAUUACGAACUGUUAUGGCUAACCCAUAAUCGAUUAAGCGUAACUAAUUCGAGAAAGGAAUCAAAUUACAGGGAAAAUAGGGUAAGACGAUCAAAUUUACGACAAAUUUUAAGUGAUAAAGACUUCUUCGUACUACCUUCGUGUCUACUUUUGAGCAAGUAUUUUAUACUCGUAGAGGAUAGCGAGUUUGCUGGCUGUUAAUUGAUUUAUUAAGUCGACCAACUGUGCGAACUUAUUUUAUGUUGUUUACGUAUUAAAUUUUUAUUCCGACCGAGUUUCUCGCCGUACGAACGUUAUCGUGGAUAACGUAGAGGGGAGAAAAAAAGAAAGAGGAAAAAAGAAAGCAAACAAAGCAAACGAAAAAAAAUUACAGGUCGGUAUAUAUUUUUAACGUAAACUCUAGUACUUCCGAUCGAUUGGUGCACCAAGAAAUACGACAAUUUAACGUCUCAUAGUGCUCGCGUUAUUCGUCGUAAAAUUUUCAUCCGAACUUUUAUUGGCCAUGUGAAACGAACCGGGAACGAAGGAUGUAUCGUUAUAGAUAGUAGACCCUCGAAGAACGUGUAUUGAAAAAAGAUUGCUAAUUGGAUUAUCGACUAAAAGAAAGAGAGAUAGAGACAAAGAGGGAUAGAAUUUCGGAGAAAUAAAUAAAGAAUAUUAUCUGAUCUUGUAAUUAAUUGUAAGACGACGACGAUUUUCGUUUCGAAAGCUUUUCCAAUGACUUUUUUGAUUCUCGAUACAGCAUUAUUGAUAAACGAUUCUGAGAUUCAAGAAGGUCGAUAAUAUUAUCUACUACGCACCAUGUAAAUAUUUGUUCGUGGUAUUUCCGCUUCAACGAUACUGCACGCUUGAUCAUAACGUUGGAUUACGUCGAAGAAACGAAUUUCGUUUAAACAUCAAUUACAAUAUGUCGAAGGAACAUGGUUAAUAGGAGCGAAAGCUAAAGUAUCGACGAACUUGGGAGAUAUUUGUGUACUUUACUUUGUGUAAAGCAUAUCGUGUUGUGUAUUUUGAAUAAAGAUUAAUGUAUCAUUAAUAUUCACGUAAAA